AAGUCAACUACUCUAUCAAAGUCAUUUCUCUAUAAACUCAAGAAAUCUUUAUCGAGAUGACUCAGUCAAAAGAGAGAACAAAUAAAAAUAGUCUAAAGAAAGGGAAAAUGCGGCACUGGACGUCAUGGCUUAGGCAGUAGCCUGAAUCCAAUUGGUCCAUCUCUGAACAGUAUUUCAUUGCCAUGGUUUACUGCAUCUUGACUUCCUCAUUUCUAAUGGAUGGCCUCAGUCGAUGACAUCACAGUGCUCUUCCAAACCUUUCCCUCUCUUUACUCUGUUCAAAUGAACUCAUCAGAAUGAUACAUCUGAACAGAAGAGAGCCCAAGUUGUUCAAAAUCAUCAGAAUGAUACAUCUGCUUGAGAAGUGGCAGAGACCAUUGAAUUCAUCGGGCAACAUGGUACUUCUGUUAGUACUUUCAGUACUGGCUUUUGACGUAUCUUGUACACAAGCUUUCCCGGAAAAUGGAAACAAGAUCAAAUCUAGAACUUUCCUGUCACCUGAGUUCAUGUUGGGGCCAGGAUCAGUUGAGAGCAAAACAUACGAUGAUAUUGACUUCCCAAGAGGUCAUAUCGCUCUCAAGAGUUUUAAUGCGGAGGUAGUUGAUCAGGCUGGGAAUCCUGUACCUCUUUAUGAAACUUACAUUCACCACUGGCUUGUGGGAAAGUACUAUGAGCAUCGCCCAUCAGGCCGUAAUUUUUCACGAAAUAGUGGAUUGUGCCAGGGUCAAAUUCUUGAACAGUAUUUUGGCCUUGGAUCUGAAACACGAAAAACAGUUACACAUAUUCCAGAUCCUUUUGGAAUAGAAAUUGGCAAUCCUGCCGAAAUUCCUGAAGGGUAUCAGGAGAAGUGGUAUCUUGGUGUCCAUGCAAUUGAAACACGGGGUGCGGAAGAUAGGCUGGGGUGCAUUGAAUGCUGGUGUGAUCUAUAUAACGUCACAAACGAUGAAUAUGGAAACCCCAUAAGGCCAGACUAUAAGGGAGGUUUAUUUUGUUGCUAUGGUCAGACACAGUGCAAAGUCAGACAGGGUUUUAAGGGGGGCAAGAGGAGCCUCUACCUGCGAUAUACGGUGAAAUGGAUUGAGUGGGAUAGUUCCACCAUUCCUGUUGAAAUCUUUGUGCUAGAUGCUACUGAUACUGGAAAAAGGUUCCUUGGAUCAACAGGAAUCAGUCCAGAGGAUGGUUGCCAGGUUGAGUAUGAAGUUGAGUCUUGCACCUCUACCGAUGCAGCUGGUAAUGGGUGCAUUGACAUCAAAAGAAACAGCGUCACCAUGCCAACAGGUGGUUAUGUCGUCUAUGCUGUUGCCCACCAGCAUGCUGGUGGGAUCGGUUCAACUCUGUAUGGACAGGAUGGGAACGUAAUAUGCGCUUCAAUACCAAUUUAUGGAAAUGGAAAUGAAGCAGGAAACGAGGAUGGUUACAUUGUAGGAAUGUCCACCUGUUAUCCUGAACCAGGUUCUGUCAAGAUAACAGCUGGGGAGAAUCUAACUCUGGAAUCUAACUAUGACAGCACUAAUAAGCACACAGGAGUCAUGGGGUUUUUCUACAUUUACAUAGCAGAACAAGCACCAAAUGUGACUUUCCCACAUGCUCCUGUUCAGAUGCAUGAAAGCAUUAAAGUAAAAACUUGUGCUUGGUCAAUAGUGGUUUUCAUUGGACUGGCUGUGACUGCUGCUGUUUCUGUGCAUUCCUGGCUGAAGAAAAGGAGAAAAGGUGGCUACAAACUAGUUCCUAAAUAAAGUUGUAAAUUGUGGUAUGUUUCCAUGAGUUGUGUACUGCAUCUGUAGAUCCUACGCUGUUAUCAUAUGUGGACAUAAACCCAGCUGGAUUUAUGUUUGUCCUAGUUAUAUGUAGGUUAGGAUGUGCAUGAGUUCUGGAUUGAAAUCCAAAAAUCCUAUCUUGAUAAACAAAAUUUAUUAUGAAAUUGUUGUAACUAAGAGCAAUGGUACUUGAUAAACACAAAUAUUUUACUCUAUCAAAGGAGAGAUUUUACUCGUAAAUUUUCAAAAUAAAAGAGACAUGAAACCCCAAGUCAACUACUCUAUCAAAGUCAUUUCUCUAUAAACUCAAGAAAUCUUUAUCGAGAUGACUCAGUCAAAAGAGCAAACAAAUAAAAAUAUUCUAAAGAAAGAAAGCAUGCAGCAUUGGACGCCAUGGCUUAGGCAGUAUGAUAUGCAGAAGAACGUGGGGUCAUGACACAGAUCAAGCUGCAGGAACUUGUAGUGGCUGCACUACUGCAGGGUGGGCAGCAACGUGGAUUGGUUAGUUAAUGGUUAGAAGUGGAAUGGUGGUGUAACUCGUUCCUAUUUGUUUGUUAAUUCUAUUAUGAACUGUAUGGCUAUAAAUGCCAAGGUUAUUUUUAGUUGAAGGA